GAAUUUUAUUUGUCGUCCCACCCAAGGGCCCUACUCAUGCCCUACUCCGAAUUUCCGUUUCUCGAUUGUCUUGACAGUAAAUUGUGUUCUGUGGUAAAUUAAUCAGCUGACGUUUGACAGAGUAAAUUACUCUGUGCUGUCGUUGCCUGUCACAGCACAGACUACGUAGCCGAAUCCGUGUCAGUGUUAUUUAUUUUAAUAAACAAAACAUUAAAAUCUUUUUUACAGUCGAAAAUAGCCAUGGCCGGUGAAAAGAUAUGUAUGAUUUGUAUAAAAGACAUCGACGAAAGAAGUAUCUCAGGAAUUACAUUAAUAUCUGAUAGUAAGGAUACUGAAGAGAUCCUCCAGAAAAUAUUUAUUUGUGCACAGGUUAUUUUUCAUAUGGAAAUCCACUUCUCUAAGUAUUUAUGUGAUACGUGCUUGUAUGAACUUAAUUUAGCGUAUGAUUUUCGAAUUAAAUGCCAAAAUGCACCGCAUAAUAUGCAGAGUCAUAUAAAUAGUAAUGUACAAACAAAAGUUCAUGAAGAAGUUUCAACUGAUGAAAAUUGGGAUACAUUUAGCUGCAAGAGUGAUCCUGAUGAGGCACAUGUUAAGCCACACAUAGAUUUUUGUUCCAAAAGCCAAGAGAUCCUUCAUAAGAAUGUGAAAGUAAAAAAUUACAAAUGUGUGAUAUGUGACAAAACUUUAAGUACUGAGGCAUCAUUGGUAAGACAUAAAAUAUUAAUGCAUGAGAAAAGAAAACAUGUGGGAAAAGUGACUGGAUUUGGUGCAACGCGUCUCUAUAAUUGUACUGAAUGUUCAUAUUCAACUCCGCAUAGCCAGACUCUGGUGAAUCACAUGCGGAAACACAGUGGUGAGAAGCCGUACCACUGCCACUGUGGGAAAAGCUUCACGCAAGCAUCUGCUCUGACUGCUCACAGCAAAAUCCAUAGUAAUAUAACAUAUUACACUUGCCCAACAUGUGGAAAGCAAUUUAAACUUGCCUGUGCUCUUAAGAAACACUUCAAAGUCCAUGAAGAAGGAACCUACUGUUGCAGAUUGUGUGCUAAAAACUUAAAAUCAAAGGAAACUUAUGAAAGCCACAUGCGGCGCCAUUAUAAUGUCCAUAACUACAGCUGUGAGGACUGUGGAAAUACUUUUGUAACAUCAUCUGAGUUAAUCAAUCACAGAAAAAAACACAAACUCCAGGAAACUGUUGAGUGUCACUUAUGUGGCUUCAAGACUCCUAGAAAAUCUGUAUUAAUUCAACAUAUUAAAAGACACACAGGUGAGAAGUUAUACAAAUGUGAUCUCUGUGCACUGUGUUUCAUCACACUGAGUGAGCUCCGCAUCCACACCCGCACCCACACUCGGGAGAAGCCCUACACCUGCCCUGCCUGCGGCCAGCGGUUCAUGCACAGCUCCAGUGUCAACAAACAUGUGCGGAAUCUACAUGGCAACACUUCUUAUAAGUGGAGCAAUGCUAAAGAAAAGAACAGAAAUAUGGUAUCUUGAAAAGUAAUUCAAUUUGAUUUUUAAAUAAAACAAUAUGGAUUUUAUAGA